GUGCGUGUUUGGAGCCGCUCAGGUAAGGGCUGGGAGAGGUUUUGCCGCUCAGUCAGCGGUCCGGUGACCGUGUGUGUCUCAGCUGAGGAGGCGGUGAGGGGCGCAGACGUCAUAGUGACGGUUACCAGGUGUACAGAGCCGGUGCUGUUUGGGCAGUGGGUCAAACCAGGAGCCCAUGUGGCAGCGGUCGGAGCCUGCAGGCCGAACUGGAGGGAGCUGGACGACGUGUUGAUGAAGGAGGCCGUGGUGUACGCUGACAGCAGGGAGGGGGCGCUGACUGAGUCCGGGGACGUCAUCCUCUCAGGGGCCGAGGUGUUUGCAGAGCUCGGAGAUGUUAUCAAUGGGACCAAACCAGCCCUCAGAGAGAAGACAACCGUGUUCAAAUCCCUCGGAAUGGGAGUGGAAGAUGCAGUGUCCGCUCAGCUGGUGUUCGACCAAUGGGAAGCCAAAUCCUGCAAAUCAUGAAGCGGCCAUCUAUUUCAAUCCUGACCUGUUUUAACCUUCUCUGAACUCUGGGAUUUAUGACAGUUUAUUGAAUAAAUCAGCAGUUUUUCAACCUUUGUACCUUAAGACCUGUCUGUAAAUAUGUGAUUCCACUGUCAGCUCUAAUGACUGAAAUAAAUAUUCUGUU